ACGUCUCCGGCCGGAUUUUCUCUGCAAUUUCGGGUCAUUUCCGGUGUGAUGUUUUUGGUCUUGGAAAGCUUUUCCCUCAUCCAAAGAUACAGAGAUGAAUGGGUCCUUUCCUUCUAAUUCCAGUCGCAACCCACCUACCCGCAGACCCCACCGCCAAUUCUAUGGCUACCAGCACCCGAGACCCAGUUCUCAACCCCUCCAACCCCGCCAUCGUCACCACCCACCUUUCCCCACAACCCCUCCUCGCUACAAUUUCACAAUCCAACUCUGUUCCGACUCCUCCUCGACCUUCCGGAAGCCCGAUGUUCAAACUAUAAUUUCCAAACUAAACCCAUCUCCAGAAUGUUCCACUCUAUUCAACUCAGGUUCAGUCGCGGCCAAACUAUCUUUCCGGGAAUGGGCUCAUACUCUUUCUGCCGUUACCUCCCUCUGGCGCUUCCGCUUGGAGGGGACUCACUCCUUUAUCCCCAAGUUCAUAUCCAAAGUUCUCGUUCCUUCCGAUAUGGACGAACUUGGCCAGAACCUCAGGACCCUUUUUUGUGAGCACAUAAAAGCUUUGCUGGAGGGGGAUUUGGUCAAGAAGUGGCAGGGGAGAAUUGAGGAGAUGUCCAAUGAGAUCGCCGCGAUCUCGAAGGGGAUGACGAAAAGGAAUUCUUAUGUGGUGUUUAACCGGCUAGAUGAGAGGAAGAAGCGCCUGCUGGACGAAAAGGAGUUGCUUGCUAGCCGUCUCAGGGAAUUUAAAACUUUUAUGAGCUGCUUAUUGAGACAUUUGAAUGGUGGUGAGGUCGCCUAUGAGGAUGGUGUUUCUGAAGUGAGUUUGCAGCUUUUUAAUUUUGGUGGGGAAUGUGAUUGGGACAGGACUCAUAGGCUAAUUUUGAGGGAGUGUAGGAGGCUGGAGGAUGGCUUACCUAUUUAUACCUGCAGGCAGGAGAUUCUUAACAGGAUACACUAUGAACAAAUUUUGGUGCUGAUUGGAGAGACUGGUUCGGGAAAGAGUACGCAGCUGGUUCAGUUCCUUGCUGAUUCAGGAAUAGCUGGUAAUGAGUCCAUUGUUUGUACGCAGCCACGAAAAAUUGCUGCUAUCUCAUUGGCACACAGGGUCAGGGAAGAAAGCCUUGGGUGUUAUAAAGAUGGUUUUGUCUGCUGUUAUCCAGCAUUUUCAUCUGAUCAGCAGUUUGAUUCCGGGAUAAUAUAUAUGACAGACAACUGUCUGCUACAGCACUAUAUGAAUGAUAAGAAUUUGUCUGGGAUUUCUUGCAUCAUUGUUGAUGAGGCUCAUGAAAGAAGCCUAAAUACUGAUCUUCUUUUGGCAAUGGUCAAAGAUUUACUUACCAGAAGGGGUGAUUUAAGGCUUGUAAUAAUGUCUGCAACAGCAGAUGCAGAUCAACUUGCAGAAUAUUUUUUUGGUUGUGAUAUCUUUCAUGUUCUUGGGAGGAACUUCCCUGUUGAUAUUAGAUAUGUACCUUGUGGAACUGAGGGAACUUCUGUCUCCAGUACAGUUGCGUCGUAUGUUGCAGAUGUUGUAAGGAUGGCAAUAGAGGUUCACAAAAGGGAGAAAGAAGGGACAAUUCUUGCCUUUCUGACAUCUCAGUUUGAAGUAGAAUGGGCCUGUGAUAAUUUUGAAGCUUCAUCAGCAGUUGCAUUACCAUUGCAUGGGAAGUUGUCUUUUGAUGACCAAUUUCGUAUUUUCCAGCAGUUCCAUGGGAAAAGAAAAGUUAUAUUUGCAACAAAUGUUGCAGAGACAUCUCUUACAAUUCCAGGGGUCAAGUAUGUCAUAGAUUCUGGAAUGGUAAAGGAAAGCAAAUUUGAACCUAGCACUGGAAUGAAUGUCCUCAGAGUAUGCAGAACCAGCCAGAGUUCUGCUAAGCAACGAGCUGGUCGUGCAGGGAGAACAGAACCUGGAAUAUGCUACAGACUUUAUGAGGAAUAUGAUUUUGAGUUGAUGGCUCCUAACCAGGAGCCUGAAAUUCGCAGAGUUCAUCUUGGUGUUGCAGUUUUGAGGAUCCUUGCUUUGGGCAUUAAGAAUGUUCGGGGUUUUGAUUUUGUUGAUGCACCUAGUUCCAAAGCCAUUGACAUGGCCAUUAGGAAUCUUUUGCAAUUGGGAGCCAUCAAACAGAAGAAUGAUGUUUUUGAAUUAUCUGAAGAAGGUCGUUACAUUGUGAAAUUAGGAAUUGAGCCUCGUCUUGGUAAAAUGAUUCUAGGUUGUUUUAAUCAUGGUUUGGGUAAAGAGGGCAUUGUUCUUGCUGCUGUUAUGGCGAAUGCCAGUAGCAUAUUUUGCAGAGUUGGUACUAAUGAUAAUAAGCUAAAAGCUGAUUGUCUUAAGGUGCAAUUUUGCCACCACAGUGGUGAUCUCUUUACUUUGCUGUCUGUGUACAGGGAAUGGGAGAAUCUUCCUCGAGAUAGGAAGAACAGUUGGUGCUGGCAGAACAGUAUAAAUGCAAAAUCAAUGCGGAGAUGCCAGGACACAGUGAAGGAAUUGGACUUUUGCCUGCAGAAGGAGCUAAAUUUUAUUGUUCCAAGUAACUGGAAAUGGGAUCCUCUUAAGUCUACUGAGCAUGAUAAACGUUUAAAGAAGGUUAUACUCUCUUCACUUGCAGAAAAUGCAGCCAUGUACUCUGGAUGUGAUCAACUUGGUUAUGAGGUUGCAUUGACUGGACAACAUGUUCGGCUCCAUCCUUCAUGUUCAUUGGAAAUAUUUGGUCAGAAGCCAAAUUGGGUUGUCUUUGGGGAACUCCUUGCAAUAACUAAUCAGUAUUUGGUCUGUGUAACUGCUUUUGACAUCGAAUCUUUACAUACUCUUAACCCUCCUCCCUUGUUUGAUGCCUCUAAGAUGGAAAGCCGGAAGUUGCAAAUGCAUGUGAUGACUGGUUUCGGCAAAACUCUCCUAAAAAAGUUCUCUGGGAAGUCCAAACAUAAUAUUCUGUCUCUUGAAUCACGGAUUAGAUCUGCCUGUAUGGAUGAACGGAUUGGUAUUCAGAUCAAUGUUGAGCAGAAUGAGAUUCUGUUAUUUGCUCCAUCACAGGGUAUGGAAAAGGUUAAGGAUCUUGUAAAUGAGGUGCUUGAUUGUGAAAGAAAAUGGUUGCAUAAUGAGUGCAUGGAGAAAUGCAUCUACCAUGGGAUCAGUGCCUCACCUCCUGUAGCUCUCUUUGGAGCAGGUGCUGAGAUCAAGCAUCUUGAACUUGAAAAGAGAUGUUUAACGGUUGAUAUAUUCCAUUCAAAUGUGAAUGCCAUUGAUGACAAGGAGCUUCUAAUGUUUCUUGAGAAGCAUGCUUCUGGAAAUGUUUGUGCCAUCCACAAGUAUAGUAAUGGACAAGAGAGUGACAACAAGGAAAGGUGGGGUAAGGUUACAUUUCUAAGUCCUGAUGCUGUCAGGAAAGCAGUUGAGCUGAAUGGUGUUGAAUUUGCUGGUUCUUCACUAAAGAUAAUUCCUUCACAGAUGGGCCUUGGCAGUGAUCACAAAAUUUUCUCUUUCCCUGGCGUCAAGGCAAAAGUUUAUUGGCCUCGUAGGGCUAGUAAAGGGAUUGGAAUUGUUAAAUGUGAUCCACUUGAUGUUGGUUUAUUGCUUUUAGAUUUCUUCAACUUGGUAAUAGGAAGGAAACCUGUUCGGUGUGAACGUGGCAGAAAAUAUCUCGAUUCUGUUGUGAUAAGUGGAAUUGAUAAAGAACUUUCUGAAAGUGAAGUUUUAGAUGUGCUGAGGAAUGCAACAAAAAGGAGGAUCAUGGACUUUUUCCUUGUAAGAGGAGAUUCUGUAGAAGAUAAACCAUCUGGUAGGUAUGAAGAAGCACUCCUGCGAGAAAUAGUCCCCUUCAUGCCUAAAAGGAAUCUCCAUACUAUUCCAUGUCACAUUCAGGUCUUUCCACCAGAGCCAAAGGAUCAAUUCAUUAAAGCUUUUAUCACCUUUGAUGGGAGAUUACAUUUGGAGGCAGCAAAAGCUUUGGAGCAGCUAGAGGGGAAAGUGUUACCUGGAUGUCUUCGAUGGCAGAAAAUUAAGUGCCAGCAGUUGUUCCAUAGCUCCUUAUCCUGUCCUGGAUACAUCUAUGCUGUGAUCAAGAAGCAACUGGGUGAUUUACUUGCAAGCUUCAAACAUCUACAAGGGGUAGAAUGCUAUCUGGAGGAGAAUGACAAUCGUUCAUAUCGGGUGCGUAUAUCUGCUAAUGCUACAAGAACAGUGGCAGAGUUGAGAAGGCCUCUGGAAGAACUUGUGAAUGGCAGGACUAUAAACCAUGCAAGCCUCACUCCAACUGUUCUACAGCAUCUUUUCUCCAGAGAUGGCAUCAACCUCAUGAAGUCAAUACAGCAAGAGACAAGAACAUACAUUCUCUUUGACCGGCAGAGCCUUAGAGUAAGAAUCUUUGGUUCUUCUGUUGAUGCUGCAGCGGCUGAGCAGAAGUUGGUUCAAUCACUAAUGCACUAUCAUGGAAGCAAGCAGCUUGAAGUUCACCUUCGUGGCAAAGGCCUGCCCCCUGACCUGAUGAAGCAAGUGGUUAAGAAGUUAGGGCCAGACCUCCAUGGGCUCAAAGAGAAGGUACCUGGGGCCAACUUGACACUUAGCACCAAGCAUCAUAUGAUAUAUAUUCGUGGUGACAAAGAGCUGAAGUGCAAGGUAGAGGAGAUAGUUUAUGAGAUUGCACAAAUGAGUAGUGGACCUAAUGUUUCAGCAGAGAGGUCCAAUACUGAAGUUAUCUGCCCCAUUUGCUUGUGUGAAGUGGAAGAUGGGUACCAGCUUGAAAGCUGUUCACACAUGUUCUGUCAGUUAUGCCUGUUGGAGCAAUGUGAGUCUGCAAUAAAAAAUUUGGAUAGUUUCCCCAUCUGCUGUGCCCAGGAAGGUUGUAGAGCUCCCAUCCUGCUUAGAGAUUUGAAGUCCCUCUUGCCCAUUGAGAAGUUAGAGGAACUCUUCAGGGCUUCUCUGGGGGCAUUUGUUGCAUCUAGUCGGGGUACUAUCAGGUUUUGCCCAUCUCCUGAUUGCCCGUCAGUUUAUCAGGUUGCUGAUCCAGGGACACCCGGUGAGCCAUUUGCCUGUGGAGCAUGUUCUGCAGAAACUUGUACUCGGUGCCACUUGGAGUAUCACCCAUACAUUUCAUGUGAGAGGUACCGGGAGUUCAAGGAAGACCCAGAUUUGUCAUUGAAGGACUGGUGCAAAGGGAAGGACCAUGUUAAAACCUGCCCCGUCUGUGGGUUUACGAUUGAGAAAACCGAGGGAUGCAACCAUGUGGAGUGUAGAUGCGGGAAGCACAUUUGCUGGGUAUGCCUGGACUUCUUUACUACCAGUGGAGAGUGCUAUGGCCAUUUAAGGUCUGUACACUCACCCUUCGAAUAAUUCCUGACUGCCUUCCAUAUUGACUUGUAGGUUUACAAUGAUCAUAUAAAUAUAUGGUUAUCUUACAUAUGUAUAUAUAGGUUGUAUACAAAUGCAUCAACGACUAGGACCACCUGCAGCGAGUUACAUUAGUAUAGCAGUGUUAAUGCAUGCCGUUCUCUUCAUUUCACUAACUAGAGCUACCCUUUUUUGUUCUGAUAGUAUAUUAUCCCAGAACUUUUCCUUGAUCUGAGAAGAAUAUUGGGUUAUGAAGAGAAAACAAGAACAAGGAAACAUUAAGACAAAGCCUGUCUUUCUUACACUCAGUUCCCUGUCUUCCUUUAAAUUUUCUGGA